AUGGCAUCCAACAUCCCCGACCACUGGCUCUGGCUCGGCCUUGGCGUCUUCACCUUCAUAGCCGUCAAGCAAGUCUCCCACGGCCUCAACCACAUCCGCACCCUCACCGAGAUCCGAGACCCCCAAAAUAUCCCCCAGCAGCGCCGCGCCAUCCCCUCCGGACCGCCCACCCACCAAGAAGAUGCGAUUAAGACAAGCUCCCUCUUGACACUGGCGACGAGUCACAACAACGAUAUCCGCGCCUCGGCUACUAAGAUCCUAUGUACACGCUUCUACGCCUCCAAGUCUGCCAAGGACCUGCUUAUCAAAGACCUGUAUUGUGCAGACGGAGAAGUACUGCAUCGCGCCCAGUUGGCCUUCAAUCUGCUGGGUGACAUGGGUGUCUGGAGGGAUGAUGCGUUCUUACCCAACAACAGGUUCAGGUGGGAUGUCGUUCAGCAGCCUGGAAUGGGGAGUGGUUCGCAGAGGGAUCUCAGGAGGAGACGGAGAGAGGCCAUGGUGAUAAGUGAUGGUGAAGGGCUGAUCGGAAGUGACGAUGUCUACAUGAGGGAACCUGAGGGCGAAGAAGAACAUGAUGAUGGAGAGUCCUUGUUUGUGUCUUGA